CGCUCGCCGGGCCCCGAGCCGCCGCGCCGCCGCGGCCGCCAGCGCUACGUGGAGAAGGACGGCCGGUGCAACGUGCAGCAGGGCAACGUGCGCGAGCCGGGCCGCUACCUGACCGACCUGUUCACCACGCUGGCCGACCUGCAGUGGCGCCUCAGCCUGCUCUUCUUCGUGCUCGCCUACGCGCUCACCUGGCUCUUCUUCGGCGCCAUCUGGUGGCUGGUGGCCUACGGCCGCGGCGACCUGGAGCACCUGGGCGACGCGGCGUGGACGCCGUGCGUCAACAACCUCAACGGCUUCGUGGCCGCCUUCCUGUUCUCCAUCGAGACGGAGACCACCAUCGGCUACGGGCACCGCGUCAUCACCGACCAGUGCCCCGAGGGCAUCGCGCUGCUGCUGCUGCAGGCCAUCCUGGGCUCCAUGGUGAACGCCUUCAUGGUGGGCUGCAUGUUCGUCAAGAUCUCGCAGCCCAACAAGCGCGCCGCCACGCUCGUCUUCUCGUCGCACGCCGUGGUGUCGCUGCGCGACGGCCGCCUGUGCCUCAUGUUCCGCGUGGGCGACCUGCGCUCGUCGCACAUCGUGGAGGCUUCCAUCCGCGCCAAGCUCAUCCGCUCGCGCCAGACGCUCGAGGGCGAGUUCAUCCCGCUGCACCAGACCGACCUCAGCGUGGGCUUCGACACGGGCGACGACCGCCUCUUCCUCGUGUCGCCGCUCGUCAUCAGCCACGAGAUCGACGCCGCCAGCCCCUUCUGGGAGGCGUCGCGCCGCGCCCUGGAGAGGGACGACUUCGAGAUCGUCGUCAUCCUCGAGGGCAUGGUGGAAGCCACGGGAAUGACAUGCCAAGCUCGGAGCUCCUACCUGGUGGAUGAGGUGCUGUGGGGCCACCGCUUCACAUCAGUGCUCACCCUGGAGGAUGGCUUCUAUGAGGUGGACUAUGCCAGCUUCCACCAGACCUUUGAGGUGCCCACACCCUCGUGCAGCGCCCGGGAGCUGGCCGAAGCCGCUGCCCGCCUUGACGCCCAUCUUUACUGGUCCAUCCCCAGCCGGCUGGAUGAGAAGGUGGAGGAGGAGGGGGCCGGGGAGGGGGCAGGGGGAGAGGCUGGUGCUGACAAGGAGCAGAAUGGCUGCCUGCCGCCCCCAGAGAGCGAGUCCAAGGUGUGACCCGUUUCCUCCAGACCCCUGUGGCAGGGCCAGACACCGGUACCUGGGAGCUGCAUGUCAGAGGUGGAGAAGGAGGCAGGCAAGAGCCCUGGGAAUGUGCUGAAGCUGGAGCACCCCCUCAGAUUCUCAAGCCUAGAAUCCAGUGGAAGGGAGGGGUCCGAUUUCAGGGAGCGUGGGGACAGGUGAACAUACCAGCCUGUGUUUGACCUUCACAUCUGUUCAGGGGUGGAUGGAUGGACAGAAGGAUGGACUGCUGUGGGCCGGAUGGGGAGGUGGUAGCAGACAGAGGGACGCUGGGGGCUAGGUAAACGGACAGACAGAGGUGGUGCACUCGGGACUGCUGCUAACCCAUACAGCAUCUUUGUGCAAAUUCUAAAAAGGCAUCCUUUACCUCCAGGCUGAUGCCACCCCAAACCAGAGUGCACGGCUUGGGGAGCAGUGUGGGCUGGACUUUAGUCCCCACUCAUCUCCUCAGCCAGCCUCCCCGUGUAUGGCAUACCUGUCUCAGUGGACACAGUGGCCCGAGCUGACCCAGAGGAGAGAAGGCUGGAUGGAUAGGUGGGCCGAGACGAGGGUGCCCUCCCUGCUCCACCCCUACCACGGUGACGGAAGAGCAGGAGGAUGGAAGCCUGCAGGGGUGGCCCAGCAGGGUGUGAAUGACCUUGCCCCCCUGAGUGCAGGAAAACAGGCGGUGGGUCCCCAGAGCGGGGCCUGGGAAAGGAGAACCAGGGAUGGCUAUUUUCUGAGAGUGGAAUGAGACCUCAUAAAGAGCACUGCAGAGGCAGGAGGGGGAGAGGGACAUUCUGAGGAGGAAGACGGGCCAGGGGAGAGACCCAGAAAGUGAGUUCACUAGAGCUGGGAGACAGGGGCCCUCCGGAAAGCAGAAUUUGUCCUGGGGCACGGUGAGAGGGCCUUCCCAGCAUUCACUGGAUGCACACCCAGUACAGAACACUGACCCCACAUAGGUGGGGUGGGCAUUCAGAGGCCCCCGUCCCUAUCCUCAGAAUGCAGUGCACCUGGGAAAACAGAGAAAUAAGCCCCUGUGGCAACUGAACAAGAUAUGGUUCAGACUGAACCUGAGCCAUCUCUCGGAGCAGAGGGCAGGAGGGUUUGGCGAUCAGAAAUCUAGGGAGUAAGGCACAGAGAAUGAGUAAGCCAGCAGUUAUCAAACUGGUGUGUGCGUCAGAGUCACCUGGAUGGCUUGCGAAAGCAGACUGCUGGGCCCCACUCUCAGAGUUUCUGACUCAGUAGGUCUGGGGUAGAGAUCAAAAAUUUGCAUUUCUAUCAAGUUCUCAGGUCAUGCUGAGAAUGGGGGCCACACUUUAAGAACCACUGCUCUACACAAAGACUUGGGAGUCGUAUCAGAAGUAGCUGAGGGGGAACGGAGGAAAAGCUGAGGAGCAGCUGAGAAGCUGAGGAGUAGCUGAGGGGGAGCUGAGGGGUAGAUGAGGAGAAGCUGAGGGGGAGUUGAGGAAUAGCUUAGGAGUUGCUGAGGAGAAGCUGAGGGGUAGAUGAGGAAUAGCUGAGAAGCUGAGGAGUUGCUGAGGAGAAGCUGAGGAAUAGCUCAGGGGUAGAUGAAGAGAAGCUGAUGGUAGCUAAGGAAUAGCUGAAACGCCGAAGCUGAGGAGUAACUGAGGGGGAGCUGAGGAGAAGCUGAGGGUAGCUAAGGAAUAGCUGAGAAGCUGAAGGGGAGCUGAGGAGGAGCUGAGGGGGAGCUGAGAGGGAACUGA